CAGGUACACACUCCAUUGGUUCAUCUCUUUAAAGUAGAACAGCGAGCAAUAUUCUCUUGUGAAUGAAACAGGCUGUUGGCAUCGUUGGACUAGGUUCAGGGUCCAGGAGACGCCGUCUGUACGCCAGUGAUGAGAACCGUUGACGAACACGCUGCUUUUCGAACGGCUUCAAAGCCGCUGUUUGGAACUGGUGUCCUAGCCUUCGCAGCUCAGCAACCAAUCAUGAAGAGUCUGACACUGUCCAACGCGGCUUGGAAAUCGGUACACCCCAUGUCACCUCGCCCUCCUCGUACUAAACCCCGAUCCCAGGUCCAACAUGCCCCCAAUCCUGCCCGGUUGGGAGAAUUUUGAACUUUUUUGUCCUCCUUUUUGCCCGUUGCGAUUUAACUCAACAUUGGGCCGGACCAUACCACGCCGUCCUCUGCGAUCCAGCCUCGGCAGCGGCCGUCCUUAUCCCUUGCAGACCACUCCAGUGCUGCCAGCAAUUGCCAACUGCCGAAUCCGUCACCCGCUUGAACGUCAGGUCGGUGUCUGCUCGAUAACGCGACCAAUCAUCGAUCCAUCGAACGCUCCUGUCGCCUCAAUUCCACCAUCCUCCAGGAAUCUCACUCACCCAUGAACUCUCUGGCGAACUCACUUUGAGAACAAAUUCCUCAACCUCCCAACCCCCCAGGGCUCACGACCCUCACCAGUGGCCCUCGGUGGCCCCCAAUCCUCAACAUGCUCAUCUCCAUGCCCAGUCCCCGCCAGCUCAUCACCAUCCUCUCCGCCGCCCUCGCCAGUCUCCUCAUCCUAAGCCUCAUCAUCCCCUCAAGCCGCGACACCGUCCGCGAUCUCGUCCGCGAAAAGCUCCCCGGCGUCGACAACAAACCCUCCUCCAACAACGAAGAAAAGAGACCCAAAUACAAACCCACACCAACAUACACUCCUCCUCCAGUAAAAGAAAACUUCCCCCUCCUCGCGACAUCCACCCCGCCCCCGAUCCCGAAAUGGAACGUUCCUCCCCCCGACCUGCACAAGGAAUAUGACCUCCCCGUCGCGCCCCCCCUCUUGAUCGGAUUCACACGCACCUGGCCUCUGCUCCAACAAGCUGUGGUAUCUUACAUCACUGCCGGCUGGCCCCCAAGCCAGAUCUAUGUUGUUGAAAACACGGGGGUCCAACAGUCGAAUGUCAGGGGUCAACUCUCGCUUCAAAACCCCUUUUACCUCAACCACGCCGCGUUGAAGAAACUGGGCGUCAACGUCGUCACCACUCCGACACUUUUGUCUUUUGCCCAGAUGCAGAAUUUUUUCUUGAGUUUGACAUACACCCACAAAUGGCCUUACUACUUUUGGUCGCACAUGGACGUCGUAGCCUACGCCUAUGAAGACGGGAAGCCCGGUCUGAGCGGGAAAUACAACGAGAAGAACUACAAAUCCCUGUACGAACUCGCUCUUGUUGCGCUGAAGGAAGCAAGAGAGAAGGAUGAUAGGUGGGGAAUCAGGUUUUUUGCUUAUGACCAUCUCGCGCUGGUGAACCCAGCUGCGUUUGAGGAUGUAGGAGGAUGGGAUACGCAUAUCCCUUAUUACAUGACUGAUUGUGAUAUGCACUCCAAGUUGAUUAUGAGGAACUGGACGCAGAAGGAUGCCAAGGCGGGUAUUAUCACCGAUGUGGCGAGCGCGCUGGCGGAUUUGAGUGUUUUGUAUAGACUGGAGGGGGGGCCGGAGCCGAGUUUUGUUGAUCCAAAUCCGCCUCCGCCGAAGAAGGAGGAAAAGGAGAAGAAGGGGAAGAGUAGGAUUAAGAGGGUGGGUUAUGGGGAGGAUGGGGGGCCGUUGCCGGCGGAUAGAGAUAAGAGGGAGGAGGAUCCGAAUUGGAGGAAGUGGAGGAAUUUGGUUAUUACGGCUGAUAAGCAGUUUCAACAUAAACAUGGGGAUAGGGAGAGGAAUACUUGGCAACUUGGGCAGCAGGGUGGGAAGGGGGAGCCGUUUUAUUAUCCGGCCGUUGGGUUGGCAAAGUCGAUUGAGCUGAUGACGGAGACGGGGAGGGAGGUUUUCAGGCAGAAGUGGGGACAUAGAGGGUGUGAUUUGGUUUCGGGGGCUAAGUUGAAGUAUGAUGAUGCUUGGAUGGUGGAGAAGGAUUGGUAAAUGGGUAAGGGAAGGGAGUUUUGGUUAGUGAAUUUCAAUGGUUCUACGAAUACGGUGUUUUCUUGUAUGAUAUAUAGGUAUGAGUAAGGGAUGGAUGUAUAUUUCGGUCUUGUAAUACACAAAUUAUGUGAGAUGGAUGGGACUGAUAUCGAUACCUCCCUGGAUGCGUUUCGCUAGGCUGGAGGUUGAAAAAACAAUCAACGUGGGAGUUUCCAACAUUGGGCAG